AUGGCGCCUGGUCUCAUUUCCCCACAACCGGCUGUGUCGAGCGCUGUGACUAAGUCGCUGAACGAAGUCACGGCGGAUUACGAUGAUACCCUCAGAUUCUAUCUGAAUGGCACAAAGGUGCUGUUGGAUACUGUGGAUCCCGAGGUUACACUGCUGGAAUAUUUGAGGGGGAUUGGGUUGACGGGCACCAAGUUAGGGUGUGCGGAGGGAGGGUGCGGUGCUUGUACUGUGGUUGUAUCGCAAUUCAAUCCUACAACGAACAAGAUAUACCACGCCUCCGUGAACGCAUGCCUCGCACCCCUCGUCAGUGUAGAUGGCAAACACGUCAUAACUGUUGAAGGAAUCGGUAACGUAAAGCGACCACAUCCAGCACAGGAAAGAAUAGCAAAGGGCAACGGCAGCCAAUGCGGGUUCUGCACACCGGGCAUUGUCAUGUCUCUGUAUGCUCUCCUUCGCAACAAUGUUGGACCAUCCGAGCUCGAGGUUGAGGAGGCCUUUGAUGGCAACCUCUGUCGGUGUACUGGAUACAGGCCGAUAUUAGACGCAGCGCAGAGCUUCAGCGUGAAAUCAGGCUGCGCAAAAGCAAAGGCCAAUGGCGGAGGAGGAUGCUGUAUGGACAAGGACGGUGCGAAUGGCGGAGGUUGCGGUAAGAGCCUCGACGAGGACCAACCGAUCAAGCGAUUCACACCACCCGGUUUCAUCGAGUACAAACCAGACACAGAGUUAAUCUUUCCUCCACAACUACGGAAACACGAGUUCAAGCCGUUAGCGUUUGGCAACAAGAAAAAGAGGUGGUUCAGGCCAACAACUUUGCAGCAAUUACUGGAGAUCAAGGAUGCAUAUCCCUCAGCGAAGCUCAUUGGUGGCUCUACUGAGACACAAAUCGAGAUCAAGUUCAAAGGUAUGAACUACAACGCCUCAGUGUUCGUCGGAGACAUUGCGGAACUACGGCAAUUCAAGCUCCACGACGAUCAUCUCGAGAUUGGUGGAAACGUUGUUCUCACGGACCUGGAGGAGAUUUGUAAAGAGGCUCUUGAACAUUACGGAUCGGUACGAGGUCAGCCAUUUGCAACUAUCCUGAAGCAAAUACGAUAUUUCGCGGGACGACAGAUUAGAAACGUAGGUACACCAGCUGGUAACCUUGCAACCGCAAGUCCUAUCUCGGAUCUGAAUCCUGUGUUUGUUGCUACGAACGCGACGCUCAUAGCGAAGAGCCUCAAGGAGACGACAGAGAUUCCCAUGUCAACAUUCUUCAAGGGAUACAGGCAGACUGCGCUGCCUCCAGACGCCAUCAUCGCCGGUUUAAAGAUCCCCGUUGCGAAAGAGAAGGGCGAGUACAUCCGCGCGUACAAACAGGCAAAGAGAAAAGAUGAUGAUAUUGCGAUCGUGAACGCUGCUUUGAGGAUAUCACUGGAUGAUCAGCAUACGGUCGAAAGUGUGGAUCUCGUUUAUGGUGGCAUGGCACCCACGACGAUACACGCGCGGAAAGCAAUGGAGUUCCUCCAAGGAAAGAAGCUGUCCGAGAAAUCGACACUGGAGGGCGUCAUGGACAAGCUCGAAGAAGACUUCGAUUUGCGCUUUGGCGUCCCAGGUGGUAUGGCGACAUACAGGAAGUCACUCGCGCUCGGCUUCUUCUACAAGUUCUACCAUGAAAUCCUGGCUGAACUGCACGCUGAAGAAGUCGAGGUUGACGCACAAGCAAUCGGCGAGAUUGAAAGAGACAUCAGCAAGGGCAAAAAGGACGACAAGGCUGCCGAGGCUUACAUCCAGAACGAAGUCGGGCAGUCGAAGAGCCAUGUCGCGGCUAUGCAGCAGUGUACUGGAGAAGCGCAAUAUACGGACGAUAUACCCCUACAGCGAAACGAGUUAUAUGGUUGCUUGGUACUCUCGACAAAGGCGCAUGCCAAGUUACUCUCGGUCGAUGCUGAACCAGCACUGGACCUUCCUGGUGUUGUUGCGUACGUCGAUCACAAUGAUUUGGCAUCUCCAGAAGCGAACUGGUGGGGUGCGCCGUCGUGCGAUGAGACAUUCUUCGCUCUCGAUGAAGUCUUCACCGCGGGUCAACCGAUCGGUAUGGUUCUGGCGGAUACAGCAAAACAUGCAGAGCAAGCUGCGCGAGCCGUCAAGAUUGAAUACGAAGAGCUUCCAGCCAUAUUCACGAUUGAAGAGGCCAUUGAGCAGGAUAGCUACUUCAAUCAUUUCCGUUACAUCCAGAAGGGUGAUACUGAAAAGGCAUUCGCAGAAGCUGAUCACGUCUUCACUGGUAUUGCACGCAUGGGUGGCCAAGAGCACUUCUACCUGGAGACUCAGGCAUGUCUAGCGGUUCCAAAACCUGAGAACGGUGAGAUGGAGAUCUUUAGUAGUACACAGAAUCCAGCAGAGACGCAAGCGUAUGUUUCCAAGGUCGUCGGUGUCGCCGCCAACAAGAUUGUCACCCGCGUCAAGCGCAUGGGUGGUGGUUUUGGUGGUAAGGAGACACGCUCAGUUCAGCUUGCCGGUAUUGUGGCCUGUGCAGCGAACAAGGUUCGUCGACCUGUACGCUGCAUGUUGAAUCGGGACGAAGAUAUCAUGACAUCUGGACAACGGCAUCCCUUCCUCGCUCGCUGGAAGGUUGCCGUCAAUAAGGACGGUAAGCUGCAAGCCCUUGAUGCAGAUGUCUUCUGCAACGGCGGUUGGAGUCAAGAUCUUUCUGGUGCAGUCGUCGAGCGGUCUCUCUCCCACAUUGACAACUGUUACUCAAUACCCAACAUCCAUGUCCGCGGGCGUGUUGCGAAAACAAACACUGUCUCCAACACGGCAUUCCGAGGAUUCGGUGGACCACAGGGUAUGUUCAUUGCUGAGACAUACAUGGAAGAGAUUGCAGACCAUCUCAACAUACCAGUGGAGAAGCUGCGAGAGAUCAACAUGUACUCUCCCGACACAAACAUGAUAACGCACUUCAACCAGGAAAUCAAGGACUGGUACGUACCACUCAUGUACAAACAGGUCCAAGAAGAGUCAGCAUACGUCCAACGACGAAAGGACAUUGAGGAUUGGAACAAAACGCACAAGUGGAACAAACGCGGUCUCGCCAUCAUCCCAACAAAAUUUGGCAUCUCCUUCACAGCACUCUUCCUGAACCAAGCCGGCGCACUCGUCCACAUCUACCACGACGGCAGUAUCCUCGUCGCCCACGGCGGAACAGAAAUGGGCCAAGGCCUCCACACAAAGAUGACGCAAAUCGCUGCCGAGACCCUGGGUGUACCUCUAAGUGAUGUCUUCAUCAGCGAAACAGCGACAAAUACCGUAGCAAACAGUUCCUCGACCGCCGCCUCCGCGUCCUCUGACCUAAACGGCUAUGCCAUCCACAACGCGUGUCUGGAGCUAAACUCCCGGCUUGCUCCCUUCAAAGAGAAGUUAGGCCCAGAUGCCACAAUGAAAGAUCUUGCUCAUGCUGCCUACUUCGCCCGCGUCAACCUCUCGGCUCAGGGCUUCUACAAAACCCCCGACAUAGGCUACGUCUGGGGCGCCAACACCGGCCAAAUGUUCUUCUACUUUACGCAGGGUGUUGCCGCCGCCGAAGUCGAAAUCGAUACUUUGACCGGCGACUGGACGACGCGUCGGGCCGAUAUCAAAAUGGAUGUUGGACGCUCAAUCAAUCCUGCUAUAGACUAUGGCCAGAUUGAAGGCGCCUUUGUUCAGGGUCAGGGGCUUUUUACUACCGAGGAGAGUUUGUGGUUGAGGGGUACAGGUGGCGUUGCGACAAAAGGGCCGGGAAAUUAUAAGAUUCCUGGUUUUAGAGAUAUUCCGCAGGUGAUGAAUAUCAGUUUGUUAAAGGAUGUGAAUUGGGAGAAUUUGAGGACUAUUCAGAGGAGUAGGGGAGUUGGCGAACCACCUCUCUUCAUGGGCAGCGCAGUCUUCUUCGCCAUCCGCGAUGCGUUGAAAGCUGCACGCGCACAAUUUGGCGAAACAUCUCUUUUACACCUUACAAGUCCUGCGACGCCCGAGCGUAUUAGGAUUAGCUGUGCAGAUCCGAUUCUUAAGAGGGCGUGGGUGGAACCUAAGGAAGGGGAGAAGAGUUUCUUUAUCAGUAUAUAA